AUGGCAGAGAACGGAGUGCAUCGCGCCAGCACGUUUGCGCCUGUGAAUAUCGCAGUGAUCAAAUACUGGGGCAAGCGCGAUACCAAGCUCAACCUACCCACCAAUGGAUCGAUCAGUGUAACCCUCUCGCAAGACGAUCUGCGAACACACACGACCGCGACAGCCUCGCCUUCUUAUACUGAAGACAGCCUGGAGCUCAAUGGCUCGCCACAGGAUAUCAGCGGCGCUCGAACACAAGCAUGCCUCCGAGAACUGCGAGAACUACGAGCCAAGGUGGAGAUGGGUGCACCACAAGCAGCCAAGCUUUCCCAGAUGAAGCUCAAAAUUGUUAGCCAGAAUAACUUUCCCACUGCAGCAGGCCUUGCCUCUUCAGCAGCAGGCUUCGCUGCACUAGUACGCGCAAUUGCAGAUCUUUACCAGCUCGGCACUUCACCCACCGACCUCAGCAGGAUCGCACGACAAGGCAGCGGCUCAGCAUGCAGAAGUUUGAUGGGAGGCUACGUUGCCUGGCAGAAGGGAGAAGAGGCAGAUGGCAGUGACUCGGUGGCAUACGAAGUGUCACCAGCAUCACACUGGCCAGAUAUGCGUGCCUUGAUCCUCGUGGCAUCGGCAGAGAAGAAGGACGUGAGCAGCACAGCAGGAAUGCAGCAGACCGUUGCCUCAUCAGCACUGUUCGAGCAUCGUGCCAGCGAGGUCGUACCCAAGAGGAUGAAGAGAAUGGAGCAGGCCAUACACAGACGGGACUUUGAAGAGUUCGCCAUUUUGAGCAUGAAGGACAGCAACAACUUCCACGCAUGCUGCUUGGACACGCAGCCGCCCAUCUUCUACAUGAACGAUACCAGUCGUGCUGCGAUCAGAAUGGUUGAGGCAAUCAACUCGGCACAGCCAGAUGACAAGCCUAUCGCUGCAUACACGUUUGAUGCGGGCCCGAACGCAGUCAUCUACUAUCUGACCGAGAAUGAGGACAAGGUCGCGGGCACUUUCAAGUCCAUCCUUGGUGAUGUCACUGGCUGGGACAACAAGAGAGGUCAGAGUCUCUCGGCUACGGGUGGCGCUGUAGAGAGCAUAGACAGUGUGGCCGCAGAGGUGUUGAAGAAGGGUAUUUCAAGAGUCAUCUUGACCAGUGUUGGAGACGGACCUCGCAAGACGGAAGAGCAUCUUGCUUAG